GCGGCUGCGGCUGCUGGAAGCAGAGAGAGCGAGGCAGGGCCAGACGUGUCCCGCGGUGCGCGUGCGUCUGAGCGUCGCGUGGGUGUUCCUGCGGGGCCUAAACGCCUGGGCACCAUGGACUGUUGCCAGGGGUCCCAGCCCCGCAAGAGGGACGAGCCGGCGGGCGGGCCGGGCGGGGCGGGGCGGGGCCUGCAGUGAGGUCACCGGCGACGGGCGGCUCUGCCGCGGGGACGACAACGCGGCGUGGUCUCCGCGGGGCGCACGGAGGGACGGCCGCGCUGUCAGACCCGAGUUGCAGGGGCUGGAGAGCGGCCGCGGGAAUACAGCGCCUCCAGUUGACCAGGAGCUCCGGGGGGGCAGGGGGUUGUCCCACCCUCUCUGUGCCCUGCCCCAGCCCUGGCCUGAGUUGAAUCAAGGACCAACUGCUCUCCACAUCCCUGCUCCCACUCUGCCCUCUGGCCCCCGGCCAUGACGCCCCUGCUCGCCCUGUUCCUCGUGGCCCUGGUGGGCCUCCCUGUGGCUCAAGCUCUGGACUGCCAUGUGUGCGCCUACAAUGGGGAGAACUGCUUCAACCCCAUGCGCUGCCCGGCCAUGGUCUCCUACUGCAUGACGACGCGUACUUACUACACCCCGACCAGGAUGAAGGUGAGCAAGUCCUGUGUGCCCAGCUGCUUUGAGACUGUGUACGACGGCUACUCCAAGCACGCAUCCACUACUUCCUGCUGCCAGUAUGACCUCUGUAAUGGCGCUGGCCUUGCCACCCCCGCAACCCUGGCCCUGGCCCUUAUACUCCUGGCCACCCUCUGGGGUCUGCUCUAAAGCCAGGGAGGGCAAAGCGCUGAGCAGCAUAGCCCCACCCUCUCCUCCUGCACCCCCCCACCUACCCUCUGCCCUCCCCGGACCCCCCAGCCACACCCAGGACUGUCUGCAAGAGGACUCGACCUCUCCCAGCCACCCUGAGGUCUGCUUCCCGUUUGUGAUCUGGUUUCCUAAAGGCUCAUGUGGGACUACACCUCCCAAGGCUUCUGGCUUUGACGAGGCAGAUAAGUCUCUCCUCAUCCAAGGAUUGGGACGUGGGCACAGUGUGCCGUUGGCCCAGGAACACUGAUUUGAAGGGGCCCUUUGGCCCCUCUGCCUUGUAGGUGUGCUGGAGGGGGAUGGACGAUCGGGGUCCCGGGGGUCGGGGCCGGUUCCAGGAAGUAGGCUCUCCGGGGCUCCAGGAGGGCUGCCUGGGGCGGAGAGGGCUGGAGGGCAGAGGGAGGCAGGCCUGGGCCCCUGGGCUGUGCCCUCCUUCCAAGCAGCCCUGGCAGGGGAGGGACUAGCUCAGCCUGGAGAGGCCCCUGAGGGCCCUCCCGAUCCGGCGCUGGGCCCCUGCGCAGGACGCGGGUCUGGAUAGAUCAGGCUAUAUUUGGUGGAGCUUGACAGCUGAUCCCGGGGCUAUUUUGGGGCCAGGAGGGAAGGGUGCUGAGCCGCAGCCAUCCGAAGCCUGGCCUCCUGCCCUAAGCAGGCCUGGCGGAGGGCGCCCUUUUACGGAGUGAACUCUUGCCGGGUGCCCGAAAGGAUUCGCCCAACCCCGUCGGACACGCGGGGGCGGGAGCGACGCCCUCUCCGGACUGUCUGGCCGCACUGGGGGGGCUGGGCCGGCCGGAGAGGAGGAGAAGGCGGACUUCGGGAGGCCGAAGAGGCAGAGGACGGGAGGAGGGAUCACAGCAGAAGGAUCGGGCCGUGCUCCCUCCGCGCGCAGCGGGCGUUCCCUCGCCCCUGGCCGCGGGCGAUCGCAACAGGGUCCCGACUGAAGGGGAUCGUGGCGCGCUGGCCUCGGGCCCGAAGGCCACGCCAGCUGCCCCGGGGGUUUCGCGGCCCCUCGACUCUGACCCUGCCCGCGGGGAGGCGAGAGCUCUGCACCGGCUGGAGCGCUCCUGCCUCAUCCCUAGGAGCGGCUCUCAGCUGCCCCCAAAUCACGCUGGGCCUGGAGACCCCCAGGGGCCCAGGAAGACAGUCGUGUCCGACUCUUUACGACCCCACAGACUGUAGCCCCCCAGGCUCCUCUGUCCUUGGGAUUCUCCAGACCAAGAAUACUGGAGUGGGUUGCCAUGUCCUUCUCCAGGGGAUCCUCCUGACCCAGGGAUGGAACCUGGGUCUCCCGCAUUGCAGGCAGACUCUUUACCUUUUGAGCUACCAGGAAAGCCCAGGGACCCAAGAAAGCUUAUCAUUUAAAGGGUACCCACCCACCCAGGUGAGCCCCACCCCUCCAGGUUGCGCAAGCCCAGGUCUGUCCACCGAGAGGCCGAGGGGCAGGAGCACCUUCCAGCCGGCACAGCCCACACCCCACAACCCGUGGGGGUUGUCCCUGGAACUCAGAAGCUUUGGCCACUAAGCGUGGCCCCUGUCAGGGGGACCUGUGCUGGAAAUUCUUUCCUGAAAGCUUCCCUCUGAGACCCCCAGACGUCAGGGACCUGGAUGCUCUGGGGAAGCCGGUGCAGGAAGUCCUUAGCUGGGGCUGGGUUGGACUUCGCAGAGGGCCACGAAGCAGAAGGACCACGCCCAAAGGAGUGCUCAGCCCAGGGAGCGACCGGUGUCCCGCCCAGUCUUUGUGAGCCCCUUCCUGGAGGAGGCUUGGAGGAAGCCUGACUACCCCACCCCCAGCUCCUCUUCCCACAGCCCCCCAGGAGUGGGCCACUUCAGGGAGGAGACCAAACCCCCGCUGCACGUGCAGGCUGAUAGCGGGGGCAGCCGCGGGCAGACCACUCUGCUGACUCAGCAUGAGAGGCCUGGGAAGCUGGGUCACUGACAGCUUGUGCAAGCGCUUUGUCCCGGGUCUAGUGGCUCCUCAGCUAGACCGGGUCAUCCCUCCCCCAACGCAGUCCCAGCGAGGAUGUAGUGGAGCCCUGCCUCCAGUGGCAGCUGAGAGUGCUGUAUUGGGGGCCGGAGGGAGCAUCUUACUCCUGCCUCCUGCAUCCAUCUGUCCACGCUGACCUGGGCCCCUGCCAACGCCCAUGGCACUGCCCCAGCGCCAGGGACCAGUCUGCCCACACCACGCGCACAGAUGGUUCUGCCUGGCUGGGGGAGAAGCCCAGCACAGAGCUGCGGGAAGAUGUUCCCCUCCUGCCCAGGCCCGGCCCCCUGGUGGGAAGUGUGUGGCUUUGCAAAGGCAGGAGCACCAGCAGGGCCCUUGGACACCAAACAGGUAAACUUGCCGGGACUGACUGUCCAGAAGGUUAGUAACGAACAGCUGCCAGUUUCCCUGCGGUUGUGGCUCUAAGCACCAGCACAGCCCUGCGUGUAGGAGCCGCCAAUGCCCCUUUUCACAGACUGAGACAGAGAGAUGAAGUGGCUGCCCAAGGCGGGCUGGACUUCUUGCCCCGCUCCACCGCACCCCCAACCCAACCCCACUGCACCCCGCCCCACCAUGCCCUUGCUUCUCCCAUCAGCUGGGAGAGAAAGGGGAAGCUGGUUAAUAAGUUUAAGAGGAUUUUAGCAUGUAAAGUAAUUACAACAGCUUCAGGUCAGGAAGGCUUAGAAGAAAAACAUUGGAACUAGGUGUGAGAAGCCAUAAAUGCCACAGUCAAGGGGUUCAGCCCAGUGUGUGGGCACUGGACCGGGGUGGAAAGCAAAGAGGAGGGCAGAGGGGUGCCCAGCACCGCAGGCUUGCCUGGCCCAGACCCCUUCCCCACCUGUGUCAGGGCCGUGGGGCCCCAACAGAAACGAGAGCCUCGCGGGGCGGGCGGUGGGCGAGCUCAUCCUUGCAGCUCUUGGCGGCAUCUCAAGUCCGGAAGCAGCCUGUGUGUCCCAGUAGCGGCUGCCUGAGCAGGUGAGGCCCUCUGUGGACUGCCCUCCCUGGGCUCCUGCGCCAUCCGUCCAUCUGGAGUCCGGCUGAGAAGCCAGUGCCAGAGCUCUGACCCAGAAACCGGACUGGUUCUGGCACCAUCACGUAAGGAGGGCGUGGGUGCCCCUGUGGCUGGUGCCCGGCUGUGGACGACGCUCCAGAGGGGAGGUCGGACAGCUGCUUCUCCUUUUCCCUUUGUGGCGUGUGAUUUGUGGUAAUGAAAUAUGUCUCUUCAUGAUUCUAACCCUCUGAGAAAGGUGGAAAGAAACUGAAAGACCUCUUUCCUUUCUAUCCCAGCUCCCCCCCGCCCCCCGCCAAGUUCGUUGGGUCCUGCCACUCAGGCUGACCUGGAGCUGCUUCUUCACAUCUCCGAGCCUCAGUUGUUCUGUGGUUAAAAUGAGGACGAUAGUGCCCACCAAACUGGGGCCUGGUGCGAGUGAGGGAGGCUGUGGCUUAAGUGCCCAUCCCAGGCCCGGCACACCAGAGGCCCCAAGGGAAUGAAUGGACGGACAGAUGAACGGAUGGUGCCCUUCCCCUUCAGUCCACUUGCUGAGGUCCAGGCACUUCCCAGGCCCAUGCCCCAAGCCUUGCCACUAUGGGGCAUGGAAUAGCCUUCAGGCUAUGGCCCCCCUCUGUGUACACCAGAGAAGUCAUUUGUACCUCCUCAAGCCGGUGAAUAAAUGAAUGAAUAUGUGUA